GGGCUGGCUGCUGGUCACGUGGUCAAGCGGCGAAUCAGGGUCUGGCCCGCCAGGCGCCGGGGGCGGGGCCCGCUCUCUGCAGCCCUCCACUAUCCCCCGGACGCCGGACCCCCGACCCCGGACCCCCCCAUCCCCAGGGCUGUGCAGUCGCUUUGCGAUCCUGGAAAGGACCCUAAGGAUUUUAAAACUUACGUAGAUCAGGCAUGCAGAGCUGCUGAGGAGUUUGUCAAUAUUUACUAUGACACAAUGGACAAAAGAAGACGGUCACUAACCCGGCUGUAUCUGGACAAGGCCACUUUAAUAUGGAAUGGAAAUGUUGUUACAGGGCUGGAAGCCCUCGCUAAUUUUUUUGAGAUGUUGCCUUCUAGCGAGUUCCAGAUCAAUAUGUUAGAUUGCCAGCCAGUUCAUGAGCAAGCUACUCAGGCCCAGACUACAAUUCUUGUGGUGACCAGUGGAACUGUGAAGUUUGAUGGAAACAAACAACACUACUUCAACCAGAACUUCCUGCUGACUGCUCAGUCUUCUCCUAACCAUACGGUGUGGAAGAUUGCAAGUGAUUGCUUCCGUUUUCAAGAUUGGGCUAGUAGUUAAAGGGGGCAAAAGUCUUUUGGUCCAUUAGUUCCAGCAAUAGAAGUUUAUAUUAACUCAUUUCAUUGUGGAAGCACUAAAAGCUAGUAUGUGUUCAAACUAAAUUUCUUUAAUAUUUUUUUAUUCCUAGCAGCACCUUUUCUAGCAGCUGCCAUUUGGGAUUGUUGCCCCUUAAGUGCUUUAAUGCUAGUUUUCUACAUGCCUUAUAUAUGUUUUAUUAAUGACAUUCUUACAGUAACAUUAAGCCUGUGGUCUCUGUACUAACAUACUCACUGUGAGCCCAGCAUAUUGCAAAAAUAAAGUCCUUUCAUUGUACUAUCUAUGGGAUAUCAGCACAAUGUAACUCUCUGGGAGGAAGUGGAGUGUUUUUUUGUUAUUAGGUUAAUUUUGUAGUACAACACGUACCUGUUUUCGGUAAACACUGGUAAUGAAUGCAGUUUUCAUAUAAGGCUUUUUCAGAUCAGUUCAAUGAACACAUUACUAAUUUAGGUUUACAUAACUACUCUGACAUACUAGAAUCGCAUGUAGAGAUUUCAAUAGUCCUUUUAUGUUAAGUAAUGCAGGUUUUUUUUUUCUUAUGUUGGCAUGUUUUCUUAUGAAGUAAAUUAAUCAACUAGAGAGGUGUAAAAUGUUCUCAAUUGAUACCUAAGUGUUAGAUAACACUCAGUGGCUUAAAAGCAAACCUUCUUAAAAAAGCUUUUUCUUGGCAGCUCCAGGUCUGUAACUUUAGUGAAUGGUAGUAGGACUAGUAGCUUUAAUGGGAGAAUGAGGAGUAACCAAGGUAGAGAUCUGAGGUUGGCCAAAAGUAAGGAGGGGUGACCAACUGGUACACUUUUGGAACUUGUUUUCUACCUCCUAAAAAUAUAGCCUAAAUUUGGGAUUUAAGUCAUUAAGAUAAUAAGUAUCCUUACCAAAUGGUCAUGAAUGUCACUUUUGCUCUAAGAAUUAUUUUUAAAGGUUUUUCCAGUUCACCUCAUACUUACCACCAGUAUAUGUCUUGAGUUAUUCAAGAACUUAUGGGGGUAAAAUGUCAGCAAUAAGUCUGAUCCUGCCACAGGGUCUGACAAGAAAGUUGGAAACAAAGCCAUCACUCUCUCUUUGGGACCCUUUACUUCUAAGUCUUCCACGUGAACUUCAGGCCAAAAGUCUCCUGUGUACUGCCCACCCCCAAAGUGAGUGAUUUGUUCUCUGUGUUCACACUGUCGACUGCACAAACUUUUUACUACUUAGAAUUAUUUAACCUCACGAUUUGUUCCUCCAUAUGGCAUCGAGCAAAUAGAUCUAUUAUAAAGCAUGUUCCCGUUGUGUGGCUAACACUUUGUCUUUUUAGAGAAAAUAGAGACCAGCAGAUCUUCAUAAGCCCAUAAACUUCAGAAGAACCAACUGAUUCAUUUUGUCUUAACAUCUAAAGAGAAAGAAAUCUAGCUUUGGUAUUUGUUUAAACUUUAAACAUUUUUCUAUUCCUGAAUUUACUGUUUUCAUGUUUUGACACUAGACGGGCCAGCUUUGUUUCUACAUUGCAGCUCAAAGUUAAUGUUUCUUGUGGCUUAAUUUGGAAAUCAGUAAUUCAUUUACUUUGCCUCAGACUACACAUUACAUUUCUGAUAUAUUAGUAAAAUAGAAUUAGGUAGGAGAAGGGAAUGGAACUGAAAUUUAGACCACACCUUUUUACCUUCUUGUAGUACUGACUAAAACUUACACGUUAUAUUCUACUCAAAGUGAGUUGAUUUUAAUUUUGGAUUGGCUUUUUAAAACCACAGCUUCAGCAGCAACAAUCAGAUCGCCCAAAUACUGCCCUUUCCCUUAAGAGGAACAGUUUCAAUUAAAAGCUGCAUAUAACUAGCAAUAACUGAAUUGAGUGGUUGUGUACUGUUCAUGAAUUGAAUGUUUUAAGACUUGUAUAUAAAUUGCAUUUUGCAAAUUCCAUAUAACUUUUAAAUGGCUAGAACUACUCUUAUAUGGACUAGACUGUAUUUUUGACAUGCACAUAUUUUUGUAGCUUGAAAAAAAAUAAAAUUUGUCUCGUGACAAGUUUUCUCAAGCUUGGUUUAAGGUCUCUUGAUUUUUUUAAAGGCUCCAGAACAGUUAGUUGUUUCUUUUUACAGUAUAAGGUUUUUAAAAAAAAUUUUUUAUGGUUAGAAUGUUGAAAACAAUGGUUGGCAACUUGGACUUCGCCUUUUCUCUAGCCUGCCUUGUUCUUCCUCUUUUCCUGCCAAAUAUUCACAUUCCUGAGAUCACCUGUUUGAAGUAACAGUGAAGUUUCUGGUGAAACGUUGGAAAUUUUAACCUUGAAAAACUAGCCAAAAUGCUAUAUACUCAGUAGGUAGUGAAACCAAAAGACAGUUCAUUUUCAGAAAAAAAAAAAGGGUCCUAUUAACUUUAAUUCUACAUUAUAAAUAUGUCAACAGACACUUGAAGAGGAGAAGAGGCAGCAGCCUUUGAAAUUAACUAUUUCAUCUCUUCAGUGAGGCACAUACUUUUCACAAUUUAAUAUCCCUGAAAUUGGAGUAUUAUAAAUUGAUGCUAAAGCAUGCUUUAAUUGGCCUUUUUUCUUUUCUCAGUGGUACAUAAGCUACUGCUGAGUCUUACAGUGGAUGGCAUCUUAGAUUGAUGAAAUACAGUAAUGAAUUUUGCCUAGAUAAAAAUGGUUAAGAAUCUACUUAGGUAUAAAUUUGUAGGCAUUAGUGGAAGUAAAAGACUGUAAGCUUGAGAGGCUAAUGACUCAUGAAAAGCCUGUCACCAAGUUAUUUGCAUUUCAUGUCUAGCUCAGGCUAGAAGAGCUGCAGACCUUAUUUAAGCAUGCAACUGCCUUGGUGAAUUGGAAUCAUAGCAUUUUCCUAGUUUUUUGGAAAUUUCCUAGUAACGUAUGGUGUGUGUAAAAAGAUACUCCCAAUGAGGUUAAAGGGUAAAUGCGGUGUUUGGAAAAGGAGCAAGAAGUCAAAUAAAAGGUACCAUGAGUUCUUUUAUUCUGGAAUGUUGCUGGAUUGACUUGCCUGAAAUUGCUGAUGCAGGAGAUUUGUUAGCAGGGGACUUUAUUUGCUGAUUUGUUAUAAUUUGAUUUAAUAUAAGAUAGGAAGGAUAAACAUGGAUGUGCUUUAACAUAACCUUUCAUAUUUAGGGGAAGAUGGUAGGGCAUAUUUAGCUUUUUUAUUUAACAGUUGUCUGUACAAUGAAAAUAUUUCGUCAAAACACUUGCAACCAAACACUACUGUAUUCUAUUCAAUAUUUGCCCUUCCUUGUCAAAUGCAUCUUUCUAUGCAAAAGAUUGCUCGAUGACUAUCACUGGGCUAUAUACAGCAGUCUUGCUUCCUAGGGAAGCACUAAACCGUAGGGAACUGUAGAAUAUUGUCGGAAUAAUGUGUCAGAUGGAGGGUGUUAGGAUACAGACUACAUCUGGGGUUGAAGUAUAUGCACCCUCUAGAUGAGUGGCUUUCAAAGUUUUGCUCUAACUCACAGUGAGAAGCGUAAAAUGUCGCAACCUAGUAUGCAAAUACGUACACACAUAACAAACUAAUAAUAAAAAUUAAAUGUCCAAAAUAAAACUCACGCUUAC